AAAAAACAUGAUAUUUAUACUUUUUGCAUUAUUCUCAAUUCUAAGUCAUUUAGUAUCCUGCGAAGUAUUAUCGCCAUCACACAAUUAUAACGUAACUUUGCCUGAGCCAAAUGCACCUUAUGUUGCCGGGCAGAUGUUACCUAUAAGUUAUACUUUACCUGACGAUACAAAUUUACCCAAUCUUUUACAACUAUCUGUAUUGUUUACUACGCAAGAUCCUACCUUAAAUUUCACAGACAUUACAAUCACAUCAAAUGCAGAUAUUUCUCAAGGGUUCAGUUUUAGAAGAACGCAUAAUAUGUAUGUGUAUUAUGAACAUCAGCUCAGUUACGCUAUCCCAAAUAGUACACUUCCUGGAAAUUACAUCGUCUUAUUCGUAGACUCUGUUUCAAAAUCGAAUACAUCUGUAUCCAUUUUAGUUCGACCUUAUGCUGCACCAGUAACUACAAUACCAACAAAUACUAAUAAGGCUCGUCCAUCUGGUGGAGGUUCUAUUUUUGCAAUGCAUAAUAAUGAAGCUAGUGCCAAAUCAAGUAGUCAAUCCGUCUUACUUGUAGCCAUUGUAUGCUGCUUUUUGUUGACUUUAUAAUCCCC